GUGCUGCGUUCAUGGACUUCAACCGUCAAUAUAACGUUUGCUCACGAGACCGACGGAAAGUUUUAACGGUCUCGUUAAUAAAACAAAUCUUCGCGGUUAAUGUCCUCUUCUACCAGCAGCGGGUGAUGGCGGCUUACAGAGAAGCGACUCCACUGUGGAAAACGACAAUAAUUGUCAGCACGUCACUCCAGAACCAUGAUACAUGCCGGAUGCUCAGCGCACAGCAGCACCGAAUCAGAUUUUCAGACAGCGUUGGGUCUGGAGCAUUUAUUUUUCCUCUGUCAGGUACUGCCUUUCUGUUGGUUGACCCUCAAGACCUCCCGCAGCGUUUUGAGGACUCGGGACUCAUUGAGAGGAUAAAGACGUUUGUGCAAGUUCACCGCAACAGCUUUCUACUUCUGUUUGCCCCCUUCAAUGGGAAAAAGGAGCUGGAAAUCUUGUCUGUGAUUCAGAGCAGAUUCUUUGGCAGUAAUCUCAGGAUCUUGCCUGUGCGAAACAAUACUGAGAUUGUCAAGGGACUGCUGACAAUUGCCAAGGCCACCAGUAAGCCCCAUGUGGACAGCAUCCGCGACCGCAUGUCUCUGGCUCGGGCUCACGUCCUCGAGAGCAGUCCUGUGUGGGAGAUGCUAAGAGACUUUCUGUGAACGUCAGCAGCUUUUCCCACACAUCUGUCUGAAUGAAGGAGGAGUACAUCGUCAGCUUUGAGCAUUAGCCAGGCCGGCUGGCAGAAGAGCAGUGACAGUGUUGAAUUAGACUGACUUACUGGGCUCCUCAGUUCUUUGUCUCUGAUAACGAGAUAGCGCAGAAGACUCAGACUCUCCAUUAUCCUGGAUAAAAGUGAGACAGGGCAUUGCUUAAUGGCUCAGUGUGGAUGAAGUGUCCAAGUUCUCAUAUUUAGAGACCCUUUUGUCUUUGAAUCUCAGCAGAAAAGCCAAAUUGCAAGAAGGAUUUGAGAGCCACACAGGACUGUAACUGAAAGAGAUCUGAGGUGGAUUAUGUCAUAUAGAUGUUAACAUCUGAAUCUACAUUGAUUUAGCUUCAUAUUUCAUGAAAAGCAGAAUUUGUUUAAGUUAUAGGUAUGGGUUUUAUAUUUAUAAAGCAGUCAGUGUUUAUCAGGCCAAGGACCCCUUAAGUGAUAGAUGGAGCUGGGAGCCCACACUGCAUAUAUUCUGUUUCAUAUUAAACUGGGCCUGCAGUGCCAUGUACGUUUGGGAUGAUAAUACAGAUAACUGGCCAAAACGUUUCAAUAAUACAUAGUUAGCUGACUUGUUUGUUCACAGGUAUGGGUAUCUGCAGCCCAGUUAAGGUGGUCGGACUGUCACUGGGUUUUGUCAGACUGCAACCAACGCUGAUUUGUUAUUAUCAAGUCAGAUCUUUAAGGCAGACUGUCUGCAGUCUGUGU